CAGACAGGAUCUGUCGCUUCACGGUGUCGAGAAAAAGAAAUGCGUAAUUUUCCUUUCAAUUUUAACUUUUCUUAAACCAUGGCAGGCUCAGAAGACCAGAAGUUCUCCCUCCAGGAGGUCCUAGACACUUUUAAGUUGUGUCUGUCGGAAAAUAAAGAAGUCUAUCUAGAACAGUACGUCGCUGGAUGGCGUGGGCUUGUAAAGUUUCUGAACAGCUUGGGAAGUGUCUUUGGCUUCAUUUCUAAGGAUGCUGUCAGCAAGAUCCAGAUCCUUGUGAAUUAUAUGAAUGGUGAGAACGCUUCUCACUAUGCUACUGUGCAGUCGAUGGUAAAAUACGAACUGGACAAUAAUCUCGUGGAUGUGAACAAGAAAGGAAGCCACCCAGAGUCUGGCUGUCGUACUCUGCUGAGGCUCCACCGCGCUCUGAGAUGGCUGGAGCUCUUCCUGGAUCGCCUGCGCACCAGCACAGAAGACAGUAAAACAUCUGCCCUGUGUGCAGAGGCCUACAACGAGUCCCUCGCCCAGCACCAUCCGUGGAUGAUCCGUAAGGCUGCGGGCAUGGCCUUCCUCGUGCUUCCUGGCCGCCAAACCUUUUUCGAAGUAAUGAAUGUUGGCCCACCUGAGCAGGUUGUGGCCAAGCUGGGGGAGGCCCUACCUCUCAUCUCUGAGGUGUACCAGAUCACAGAGGACCUAUAUGCUCAACAUAACAUGCUUGAUUUACCUUAGAAGCAAGAAGUGCUAAUAUCUGACACGUCAUACUUUAUAUAAUUAAAUAUUUGUAACUUGUCCUUGGUGAAAGGCUGCUGAACAAGAUGCUUCUGCUGCUUGGUGAAGGAUUGUCAUAAUUAGCUGUAAUACCACUAAGAUUAAUUUUGAAACUACUGUAUACAUGUUUUAACAUAAAAUUCUGUACAUUUUCCUCCAAGUAAUGGACCUUUGAAUGUAUUUUUAUUAACUCAUCUUUUGCUUUUAAAUCAACAGUUCCCAGUCUAGGGUCAGCAAUCAUUUACAGUAUAUUAAUUAAUAUUAAUAUAUUGUUUGUAGUUAACUCAGAUUUUGAAGAUUUUACAUUUUUAGACAGAAAUAUAUAAUUUAAAAAGCUGCACCUUUUAAACUUUUGACCAUCCACCCAUCAAUCUUUCUGAGUAAAUGAGCCCAGCCAUCUCUCAGAGGAAGGUUAAACAUGUAGGAUAAGAUCCUGUUGGUUUAAUUCUUAUAAUAUUUAACAGAAUAAAAUCCUUCUUCUAAAAUAACCAAUCUUAAAUAAUAAAAAUCAGUUUAUUAUUUCUUUUUAAAUCCUUAAGGACUUUUUGACUUGGUUUUUAAUUUAGUUUAAAAUUGCAAUUAGAUCUUUAUACGGUAUUUGAAAAAGAAACUGAUCCUGAAUUUACCUUAAAUCCCUUCAUUAGUUAGAAUUUUUUUUUUUUAAGUAAAGCUGCUGGAGAAACACUCUCAGACAAUAAAUUAAUAAAAGUUAAAAUCUAAAAGAGUUUUUAGACAGAAUUUAAAUUUUCAAUUCUCUCCCAACAGUCAAGAUUUAGAAAACAACACGGCAAAAUAACUACUUCUAUUAAAGCGUAAAUGACAAUACUGAUACAAAGAACUACAAACAAUACAAAACAAUGUCUUUUUCUUCAAUUCUAAAAGGCUUUUCAUACAGUUUACAAUACCACCUUAAUAAAUGGACUACACAACACUGCUUUACCUGGGAAUGCUGUAAGUUGAUUUUUAAGUUACUUGUAAGCACACAUUGUGUCGCUUCGUCUGGUCUGCCCUCCCUUGUCUCCUAUUAUUCAAGGAGUUCCCCAGGGCUCCAUAUUAGGACCACUAUAUAUAACUUUUCCAUUAAUUUCCGUUAAUUUAUUAAAUGCUGCGUUCUGUUUUUAUUCAGUCAUCUAUUGUUAUAAAUUAUUUACUGUUAUCAUUUACUGUUUAACUCCUUCAGUAGUACAGACCCUGGAAUUUCUGCACUCAUUCUUUGAUGUUCUCAUUUGAUCUCAUUGUGACUGUUCUAACCUCAGUAACACUUUUUACUUUGAUUUAAAAAAGAAAAUCUGAAUUAAUGAAAUAAAAGGAAAUAUUGAUCUGCUUGAAGUUUUCGGAUGGAGGAUGUUCAAAUUACAGUUUUCCAUUGUGGUCAUGUUUGGGACUAGCUGCUCUGGAUUGUUUUGUUUUUUUUUUUUUAAUUAAUUUAAAAAUAUGAAGGGAACUACAGUGGGUCCCUGAAGUCUUGGGCUCCCGUUUAAAGCUGCUGUUUUUGCAACAACAUUUAUUCAAAGGAAAUAAACCAAGUUUGCAUUUUGGAUUUGAGAUUUCAGCAUUAAGAAGUAAUGAAGAAACAAUGAAAUGACAAAUUAAUUAGAAGUGAACAAAUGUUUGGCUCUCAGAUAUGAAAACAGGCUGAAGAGAUUUAAUAUCUUAAGAGGAUUAACAGAAAAGUUAUUUACUGGCAUGAUGAUGAUAUUUUGUAAUGCUUAAAAGACCAAACAUUUAAUUGGGGAAACAUGACACAAAGUAAUAAUGAAUAAUAGUGAGGUAUACCAAUUAUGAAAAUUGUAUGGAAUAAAGUAAACUGUUACGUCAGUUUUUCAGCUGCCAUGCAGUAUUUAAUCCAGUGUUAAAAUGUUGAACCUUCUGUUGCUGGUAAUCAUUAUUAAUGACCUUUCUAUUUAGAUAUAUUACAAAAUAUUCCAUAAAUAUGGGAUGAUGAUAUAUUACAAAUGCAAAUGGACAAACAUACUUAAUAGGGAAACAGCAUGUUGUAAAUCAUUGAUUAAAAAGGUUUAACUCUGUACAUUGUUGUUUUCCAUAAAUUCAUAUCACUUCAGUGUUUUACUACACAUCUGAUUUAGGUUUUUUCUUGUUAAAUGAAGAUUUGUAUUUUUGUUUGUAUUUUUGUAUUUUUGUUACAUGCAAAUGUUUAUUUAUGUCCACAUGAACAAAUGUUUUGCAUUAUGAAUUGAUUUAUGAUUAAUGUACAAAUAUUAUGAUAGAAUAUAGCAUUGUAUUUGGAACAAGCAUGUUCUGUAUUCUGUGUUAUUAUUCACUCAAACAUGUAAUAAACAUUGCAGGUGAAAAAAGA